AAACAUCAUGCAGACGGAGAUAAUAAAGAUCAUGCUAUUUGCUUUAUUCUUCUUACCCAAAUGCCAAGCGCUAAGAUGUUACGGCUGUACAGGUCACGACCCGACGAAGCCCUAUGAUAUCAUCAGCAACAACCCCGCAUGUGCAGACGGACAGUUUGACGCCACCAGGUUGCAAGUGUAUUCCAGUAACAGCAAUCGGUUCGUGUGUUACGCAAUCACCUACACCACUGGCGCUUCGCAGGUGACCCAGCGUUACAUGACAGACCUGUCCAGCUCUCGUGUCAACGCAGAAAGAGCAACCAGAACGACAUUCGUAGGUUACUACUGCCCCGAGGAACUCUGUAAUGGAGCGAACACGAGCGCGGGCGCCGUCCGCUGCCUCGCCGCGCCCGUGCUGCUGCUGCUGCUGCUGCUGCCGACAUAUCUGUGCUCUCUUAGCUCAUCUUCCACCUUGUACUGA